UAAUCUCACAGUUUAACUAUUUCAUCAAUUCCACUGUCAGUGAUCAUGAUGAUCAUGGUGAGAUGAUGAUGAUGAAGAUGAUUGGAAACAAAAUCAAACAAUAACAACAACAACAACAACAAUUAACCAUCAAAUGAUUAGAACAAAAAAGUUAACAAUGUAAAUAUUAUUUUCCAAAGUGAAUUAAGGAAUCAUAAUUUUCUGUUUCAUCUCACAAUUAAUCAUUUUAUCUCCAUGCAAGUUAAUUGUUAAAAUUAACAGUUGAUAAUCAACGUGACUUCAAAGAUAAACAAACCAAUACAAUUAUAAUCAAUUUGAUCACAACAAUUUACUUAAUUAUUAUCAUCUCUUGGUUUCAGUUUUCCAUUUGCACCAUUUUAAUUGUUUCAACUUCAUAUCCUUUUUAUGUGUGAAUCUUAUAUAAUAUUUAACCAAUUGUCAUCUGAUCAUUUUACCAGUAAUUAAGUUAAUUAUCUGAUUACAAUCAAAAGAAAAUUUAAAAUCAAUUGAUUUCUAUUCUGUUACAAAUUUAAAUUGGUUGAAACUUUUUUCUUUUCUCAUCUCGAACCCAAUGCCUUCAGUGUCUACAAUUGUUUCUCUUAUUUUGAUUAUUUUUGCUCUCUGAUUAGAUUGAUUAAAUUGUGAUCAUUGAUACUCACACCAAUCAACUUAAUCAAUUUACCUCGAUUAUCAACAAUUAACUAACCAAAGGAAAAAAGAGUAACCAGUAACCAAGAACAACGCGAAAAAAAUAAUAAUAGAAACAGAAACAAAUCGAAUGCAAUUUUUUUCUGGUUUUUUCAUUUCUCUCUUUCUCUUUUUCUUUACAAUUGAUUAAUUUUGUUAAUUUAGUGCCUUCCAAUAUUCAAGCAACAAUUAAUUAACCAAAUUUUCUCACUGGUUUUAAUUAAAUUAUCUUCACAUUCAUUUGAUUUGUUUUCUUUCUCUGUGAUCACCAUUGUGCUCUCUCCAUAAACAACAAGAAUCUGGUUCAUUGUUUACAUGAUUUUCUGGUCUCAAUGAAAAUCUCUGCUAAUUUCUGGUUCAAAUUGUGAUUACAAUCGACUAAUUAUGGACAAUUAAUUAAUCUCUUUGUGUGUUUCCAUCUUCUAACCAAAUAACAUCAAGUCUUUCUCCAUUUUCGUGUGUUAAUAUUUUUCUGUGUUCAUCUUUGUAACUCUCUCUCUGUGUCUCUAUCGUGUGUGUAAUUAUAAUCCUUAAUUGUUAGUUAAUUAUAACUAAUUAAUCCUUCAAUUUACAAUUUUAUGUUAAUUCAAUUGAUUAGUUGGAUAUUAUCACCCUCUCUCGAAGAGAUAAAGUGUUAAUUGAUUGAUUGAUCUAUUUUUCCUCCGGUAAUUAGUGAUUCUUUUGGUUACAUUUAUAUAUAAAUAUUGAAAUUGGAAUUAUUAAUCAGUCAAACUGUUCGGUCUUUUGAAUCGUAUUAUCGGGACUGAGGAUGGAACCACAGGUCCACCUGGUUCCUCGGGUUCUGGUGGGUCGUCUGGAGGUGGACCAUUUGGUCAGAGUUCCUUUGGAAGGCCUGGUGGUUCCUCUGGAUUCGGUGGGAGUAGUGGAAAUGUUCCCGGUGCUGGAGGAGGAGGAGUGGGUUUUGGAGGCGGUGGAACCGGUGGCCUUGGAUUACCAAAUUUCAGCCUCUCAUCACUCACCAACCAAGACCCACUCCAGGUCCAAUGGGCGGGUCACCAAGACCUGGUCUUGGGGGAUUCGGAGGUAACCUGGGAGGAGUAGGAAGUGGUGGAGUUGGUGGUAGUGGAGGUCCAAUAGGUGGAAGCCUACCAAGUUUAGGUAUAUUCGGUGGUAGUGGUGGACCUAAAACUCAGGGUGGUUUAUCUGUCGGUGGUGUUACCAGUCUAUUUGACCCACUUCGUCCUUCACCCACUCCCUCAUCCUCCUCCCUAGGACCAUCACCUCAUCAUCACCAUCAAUCAUCCACAAACCAACCACCCCCUGUACCCGAAGUAGACAUGUCCGGAUUAACGGAAGAGGAAAAAGCAAUGAUUCAAUCCGUUAUGAUGAAAGCUCAAGAAUUUGAAAAGGGAACUACACCAACUAUGGCAAGUCCAAAACCACCACCACCACCAUCAUCAUCAUCAUCAAUUCAACAACAAUUAACUGCACCAGCCCAAGGAUUUCACAGUAGACCAACACCAAGUUCAUCAUCAACCACAACAACAUCAUCACCAUCAAAUCAAUCCCAAUUGAAUCAACGUUUUCCUGGAGGUGGUGUUGAUGGAGGACUACAAAUGAAGGGAGUGGGUGGACUGAAUCAAAUAACCUCCGGGUCUACGAUUUCAAGUUCAAAUCAAUCAAUACAACCUCAACAACUUCAACAGCAACAACAACAACAACUUUCAUCAGAUUCAAAUUUCGGGAUUAAUCAACAGCAAAGUCAAAACCAAAGACAACAGCAAAUCCCAUCUAAUCAAUCCCAAUCUCAGUCUAUUAAUCAACAAAUGCUACCGGUUUCAUCAUCACAACAAUUACCACAAUUAAAUCAGCAAAUUCAGAAUCAACAAAAUGUUCAGCAAGAUUUACUUUAUCAAAAUGGAUCUGAUUUGAAUCAAAUGAAGUCCCAACAACAACAACAACAACAAGACUUUUAUCAACAACAACAGCAAAAGUCUCAGCAGCAAUCAGGGGACAAUUUGUUUAAUCAACAACAAGAUGUACUAUUGAACAAUACAUCUCAGCAAUUUAAUCAGCAACAACAACAAGGAUUAUUACAAAAUCAACAGCAAUCAAAUCAGCCAUUCAUGAGGAAUCAAACCAAUCAAGAUCAAAUUAAUCUUAAUAAUAAUCAACAACAAUCAGGUAGACAGCAACCUCAAAUACCUCAAGGGCAACAGCAACAACAACAAUUAGGAUUAAAUCAAUCUCAACAAUUACCAAAUCAGUUAAAUCAACAGCAAACAUCAUCAAUGAAUCAAGAAAAUAGUUUCAUGUUCAAUAACAACAACAACAAUCAAAAUUUACAGGACUUUUCAAUGUCAACCAAUAAGAUUAAUCAACAAUCAAAUUGUUUGCUCGAUGAUAAUAGUAAUCAAUUUAAUGAUAAUCGAUUUAAUAAUGAUAAUAAUGGUGUCGCUGGUAAUCAAUUAGGGAUUGGAGUUAAUUCUGAUGGAUCAACAAUUAUGUUUGAUGGUAAUAAUAAUAAUAAUCUUAAUUGUGGACCCGGUGGAAACAAUUUGUCUAAUCAAGAGCAAUUAACUGAUUCUUACGGUUCUAAUGAUAUAAAUUCGGGUCAAUUGAUGCAGGAAAAUAAUUACUCAGAUAAUAAUAUGGAUUCAAUGGAUUCUAUGUAUCAAGAUUCACCCAAUUGUUUAAGAAAUGAUUUAGUUAAUAACUCAGGUAACAACAAUUUAGGUUUAAACAAUCAAUUCAACCAACGUGAUCAGCAAUUUGGUAAUCAACAGCAGCAAUUUAACAAUUCUGGUUUCUCCUCUAAAUCACAAUCACAAGGACAACAACAGCAACAACUCAAUAAUUUACCUAAUCACUCAUUACAAUUACAACAACAACAACAACAACAACCAAAUCAACAGUCCCAACAACAACAAUCACAACCCUUUUCGGGUUCAACAAUUAAUAGUCAAAAUCAACUACCAAUUCAACAACAAUUUCCAAUACAAUCAGAUCAAUUUUCAUUACCUUCCCAUUCCCAUUCACAAUUACCUCAACUACCCCAACAAUUAGGUGUAUCUUCAGCAUCCAAAAUAUCCUCAAACCAGCAACAAUUAAAUUACUCCCAACAGCAACAAGGAACUGGAUUAACCAAUAAGCCAGCAUUUCUUGAUCCAGCUUCACUGUUCAGUCAAGACAAUAACAGUAACAAUAAUAGCAAGUCCAACAAUUUAAUUCAAUCAACAUCCCUUUCGUCACAAAAUCCAAUGAUACAAACCUCAGCAUCGACAACAGUUUCAUCAGCAGGAACAUUUAACCGACACUUACCAAAUCAGGGAGAUAUAAUCUCACAUAAUCAAUUGAAAUCAAAUCUACACCAACAACACCACCAGCAACAGCAACAGCAGCAGCAGCAGCAGCAACAACAACAAUUAACACAACUACUAAAUCAACAACAGCAACCAUUUCAACAAUUACAACAACAACCACAGCAAUUAUAUCAACCAACUAGUUCCUAUUCAUCAAAUCAGUUUGAUCAAUCCAUGUCUUUCAUGAGAUCCAAUGAAAAUCAGAUUAACAACAGGGAUUUUCAAGAAGGUAUUCAAGCAGAUCAACUAAAUCAACAAUUAGGAAUAGGAGGUUUAAUCCAAGGCCAGCGAAUGACAAGUAACUCAAUGGGAGUUAAAGUCUCCCCUGUAACAUAUCAACAGUCCCCUCAACCUCAACAAUUGACCCAACAACUUAUACCACACCAACACCAACAUCAACAUCAACACCAACAACAACAACAACAUUUACACCAACAAUCAAUGGAGACAAAUUUGAAUGAUACUAAUCGUUUAGUGUCAACGUAUCAAUCAACCAAUAACUCACCAAAUAACAUCAAUGUUAUUAGAGGUUCAAUGAGGCCUAAUUUGUUACAAGGGAAAUCAAGUGAUCCAAAUUUAUCUUCAACAUCAUCACCAUUAACUGGAUUAAUACCAAGAACUGUACCUUUACAAAGUGUUAGAGACCAAUUAUCAUCAUUAUCAUCAUCAUCAUCUGUACCUACAGCAUCAAUAUCAAAUGUAGCAUCUUCAUCAUCAAUUGUUACACCAAAUCAUCAUCAAUCGAUUAAUAAUAUUAAUAAUUGUUUAUCACACUCGAGUCCAUCUCAUUCAACCUCCUCACCUCAACAUAAAAGCUCAUCAUCGACCCACCAUGUUAAUUCAUUAACUUUAGGAACAACAAUUAACUCAAUAGGCACACAUGAAUCAGGAAUCAAUGUUGGCUCUAGUGUAAAUAAUAAUAAUAUGAUGACAAAUAAUCAUCAUCAACAACAACAGCAACAAUUAACUCAUAGCAAUAGUAACAAAAAUAAUAAUAAUGUAGUUAUUAUUGGUAAUAAUAGUAACAAUACUGGACCAGCCAAUAAUAAUAUAAAUAGUUACACUCAACAAUUAAUUCAUGCUCAACAAAUUAAACGUAUGGAAAUUGGUGAAUGCUGGUCCCCUGUAUCUGAAUUAUCACCAAUUCAGGAUGUUUCACCAUCGAUUGAAGCUGCUGAACAGCAUAGUAUGCAAUUACAUCAACAAUUAGCAUCCCUAUCAUCAAACCAGCCCACAUCAUCAUCAUCAUCAUCUUCAUCUUCAUCGUCUUCAUCAACCUCCAUGCAUUCAAAUUCCCAUCUAUCCAAACAAUCAGACGAAUUUGGUAAUGGUCUACAUCGAGUUACCUCAGGUACGAUAUCGGGAAUGCUGGCAGAUUUUAAUAAACAAAUGGAGGCACUGGGAACAGUUUCACCGACUGAUGAUCGAGCUUUAAUCCAUCAGAAUUCAUCUCGACGAAGUUCAUUGUCCAGAUUAUCCCAAUUAUCAACAACAGGAUCAACAUCGGCAACAAUUGAACCUCGAAGUCGAUCAGGAUCAUUAACUACAAACGCUAUUAAUCCUUCAUCUUACUCUUCAUUACUUUCAUCAUUAUCACAAGCUUCAAACACCACCACAACAACAACAACAACUUCAUCAUCAACUUCAGCAACAGAUUCUAUUAAUUUAAUUAAAUCUUUACAAACUUCACUUCGCUCAUCAUCAUCUUCGUCUUCACCAUCAGCUACAACAAUUACUACAACCACAAGUUCAUCAAUGAUUCCUUCAAAUAGAUUAACAUCUAAAGGUAAUUCAGAGACUGGAAAUACUAAUAGUAAAUUAUCAUCAGCAUCCACAUCAUCAGAUGCAACAUCAUCAACUACAAUUAACGGUAAUUCAAUUCUGGUCACUCCAGGUAAUCUUCAGCUUCUUGCUCAAUCCUUACCUCCAGCUCAAUUAUCAAUACCAAGAACUGUAACCCAUCAGGUUGAACUUGCAGUAUCUCCGGUUGUUGAACAAACUUUACAACAGCAGCAAAUGUUAAUCCAACAACAGCAACAAUUAAUUAUCCUACAGAAAGAGCUAUUUCAACAACAACAGGAACAACGAGUUAAACAAGAGCAAUUACAGAAAGAGCAAGAAAAGACAAGACAAAAGGCCAAACAAUUAACAGAGAUUCAAUCACAAUCCUCUCAAAGUUCAUCACAAUUACCACCACAACCACAACCACCAUCACAAUCAACAACAGUAACAACAACAACAACUUCAUCCACAUCAUACUCACAUCAACAGCCUGCAACAUCAUCUGGCCAUCAUCAUCAUACACAACAACAACAACAACAUCGCCAAGUUCAAACAAUUGCAACAACAUCAAUACCAAUAACCACACCAAACACAUCGAUAGUUUCAAGUCACCAUCGACAUUCAAAAUUGGCCUCAUCAUCAGCACCAUCAACACCCAAUCGAAAGGAUCGUCGUCGAUUACCCCAACCAACCAUUGAGGAAAUGCAAGGAGCAGUUCAAGCGAUUUCCAAUCAAACAUCAGCAUCAACAGUUCAUCCUCAUGGAUCCAGUUUGACCACAAGUAAAGUGUCUACUUCGGGUGUUAACUCGCAACUUUUUGCAAAUCGACCAAUUUCACCGUUAAUUCCGAGGAAAAAUCAAAUAAUCGGUGUUCCAAUCAUACCUCCCAUGAGUCGUGCUCGACCCACUCCCGCUUCAACCACCUUAACAAUGGCCACGCCGACACUUGUCUCAUCAUCUAUUGCAACAGCUUCAUCUUUGCUUGAUCCAAGGCACGGGUUUACCGCUUCGUCUCUUGGCCUUAUUCGUGGUAUCUCCCCUUUAAGUAUGUUGGAUGAAACACAAAGUGAAGCUGGAGGAUUGAAAAAUAAACGGCGAUUACCAUUGGUACCCUUGGAUGAGGAGCCGGUGACCGCAGCGGCAGUUAGUCGUCGAUUAGUUAAGGAAAGGUUAAUGAGUAAAUCAGUUGCUGGAAAUUUAUCUUCCAAAUCUGUUCCCAUAUUGAGAUCAGCUUCAUCUUUAGAUCAUACACCAAGCGGAUAUCAUGGUGGAAUUAGUGGCCUGGGACCGUUAACUAAAGAGGCACCUGGUGCUUUGACUGGUCUACCUUUGGGUCGAUCCCGUCCACAGUCUGGUCCAAUAUCACCUUUCUCGUCUCUUAGUGACAUUGCCAAUCUUAUAAACUCUUCAGCUUCUGGUUUAGCUGGUCUUGAUUUACAUCGUCCCCACACUCCGAUUGGUACUUUACAUUCAACGUUACCUGGUGUAUCCAGUGCUCUACCUCCAUAUACAACGGCCACUUCUCAUCUUCCAACCUCAAGUUUAGCUAAUUAUUUAGGUAUAAAUGGCCCUGGACCAGGUACAAGUGGACUUUCACCUUUCGGUCUCACUCAGAAAUCUCCAUUUAUUACUUCAUCUCUGCCUUCCAAUUCACCAAUAACCUCACCAAUGGGUCUUGUAGGAGGUGGUGGGGGUUACAUUAAAUCAUUAAAAUCUCAAUUAAAAGAUGAACUUAGAAGUGUAGUUGAUGAGCGACGUCGUCUUCUUGAUGCUCGUGAAAUAGCUCGAGAUAAACAAGAUUUUUAUCGUCGAUCAGAAACUGAUCUUCAAGCCCUGUAUGGUCUCAACUCUUAUGAAUCUGAAGCACUUUUAGCACGCAGAGGUUUAUUUAACCGUCGACGUCCCCUUGGUGGUUUAAGACGAGGUGAUACAUUGGACCCAAAAGUUUUAGGACCAGGUUAUGCCGCUUCAGUAUUAGGUGAUCCCGCUUUGGCUUCUGGUAUUGGAGGAUUAGGUGGAUCAAGUGGAUUAACUCCUGAUCUUUUUAAAUCAUAUGAAUAUGAAUUUCUAGAUCCAGGAGUUAGUUCAGCAUCUUUAGCUUAUCCUGGUUUACUAGCGACUUCCUCUCUCACCGCAGGUAAAUCACCUUUCGGUGGUCCAGCGGCCAACAGUUUACGAAGACCAGUUUCAUCAUUAGGUGUUCUAGGAUCAGGAAUUAAUCCAACGGACAUGGCCUACGGUUUGAGAAAUAGAAUGACCAAUGGAGAGAUUGACCCUGGACUUAGGGAAUCAUUUAUUCCCAAUUUUAUGGACAAUGGUGCUGAUGCUGGUCGAUUAUUGGGAACGGGUGCUGGUAGAUUUCGUCGUAGAUCAGAGGGAUCACUAGAUGAGACCUUUUUUAAUACUGAUCCAUACAAUCCAAUGAGUCUUUCAGGAGUUCGUGGUUAUGAUGAUUUACGAACAAACUUAAAUCACAAUCCCGCCGGAAUUAUGCCAAAUACUAUUGGCGGUGGAAUAGGUCCAAAUGAUCGUUAUCGAGCUCGUCCUUUGCUAGGAUCAAUUGGACCAGCGCAUUCAUGGCAUCCAUCACCUUAUGCAUCUGAAGAUGAAGAUGAUAAAUUAACCCGGGAAGAGAAAGCAGCUCGAGUUAAAGCAGAAAUCGCCCGAAGAAGGGCACAAUUAAUGGAAACAGGUCGAGCAGUUGCUGAUGAUUUAGGUGGCGGUGGUAAAUUACAUAUUGGUCCUUCUGGUCAUCAUCCAAGUUACUAUUCAUCAAGGGAUCAAAUUCAACAACAGCAACAACAGUAUAGUUCAAGUGCCUAUCGACGACAAGGUGGAAUAGUUCGUACCGAUGAUUACAGUCCAUCGGGAUAUGAUUAUUAUAAUUCUCCCCAGGGAAAUCGUUGUAUCCAUGGGUCACCAACAAAUGUGAGAAGGUCAAGAUUAACUAGAGAUGGACUUUAUUCCCGUUCAUUGGAUACCGGAUAUGAAGAUUAUACAACAGGGUCAUCAGCUCAUCAUCAUCAUCCUCAUGAUCACCAGCAGCAUCCCCACCAGCAGCAAGGGUACGAUGAUUAUGGUUAUUACAAUAGAGCUAAUCAAGGAGGAAACGGAAUCAACCGACCGGCGACAAAUGAUUACCAAGCCAAUUAUUCUGGGCUUAAUGUUGCCAAUCACAAUCAGCCGUCCCAAGGUCAACCAAUACCGGCGAUAAAAAGACCUAAAUAUCCAUUUCCAGUGAAAAGGAUUCUAUUGAUUAGAGAUCCCAAGGAAAGUGCUCAUGGAGGAUCUUCGUCGAAACCAGGUAAUUGUUAUGGUUUAAGAUUAAUUGGUGGACAAGAAAUACCUGCAACUGAUCAGGUCGGAACAUUUGUUGAGAAAACAAUUACCGGUGGAGCAGUUGAUUCACUUGGAGAGAUUCGUGAAGGUGAUCAAGUAUUGGAAUGGAAUGGAUUACCAUUAACUGGAUUAUCCAAUGAAGAAGUUCAAAGAUUAGUAUCGGCAUCAAGCAAUGCAGAGGAAGUAGAACUUGUUAUCCGUCGAGAUUUCAACCUAUUCGAUGUUCGUUACGAUUACAAUUCUUACAAUCAAUGUCAACAAGUUGGACCUUCGGAAACUGAUUAUUAUGCCAACAACAACAAUCGAGGACAAAUGCAACAAGUAACAACGGGAACUCUAGAUGGUCAAUAUUACCAAUCACCAUAAGGAAGAAAAUAAAACAAAAAACAAGCGAAUAUCAAAAAGCAAUAAUAAUAUGAAAAUAA